UUAUGGGAUAGAUUUUAAUAAAUAAAUAUAUACAUACAUACAUUCUAGCACUAGCCCCUUUAAUAGUAGGGACGUGCCAAUUGGCUGAAACUUUACCCAGUCGGUGUUGGCGAUACUGAAGAGUGGCGUUGUUGUGGAUGUCUCGGGUUGCCCAUGAGUGAGUGAGUGGAAGCGAGCUGACCGUGCAAACCGUGCAGAGAUACAAACACGCUUGAAGGAGAGAACGCCAUUAGCACGCUGGAGUUCAUCUGCACAGGUUAUCGGUACCUCUGAGGCCUUGGAAGAUUGCACUAUGGGGGAUUGUGAGCGAGAUUGCACUUUCCUGGGAGGCAGACCCCAAUGUGUUUCUGAUAUUGCUGCUGAGUUACGAAAUGAUUACUAUUCUAGGCUUCAGGAAGUCUUCUUGGGAACAGCAAAAGGAAACCAUCAAAAUCCUUUACUAGUUCCACACAACAAUCGUAUGCUUUUGCAAAUCGGGCUUCUGAAAGAAGAAAACCAAGUGGCUUGGAAAUAUGUACAAGACUGGCUUGAAACGAUGUUCCCAAAAUAUAGAUCUGCACGUUUACGGAGUCUGAUUGAAAAGGCAAGCGCAAACGCACUGGGGUUAAGUGCACAAGAGAGAGCAAUGUUUCUAGAGGAAGAAGUUAAUCUAGAGUAUGUUGGUCCGGUGUGUGACGGUCUUGGCAUAAGAAGAACCGAUCUGUUGGAAUGCGCUGACCUUUCAGAAAAAAUCCCAUCUGGAGAUCCUGUCACGAAUGCUCUUCUGUUGGAAUGGGAUAGCUUUGUUCGAAAAGAGAAGAUUGAUCCAUCAAUUAUAGUGACCUGGUUGAAAAACUUUUACCCCCAGUUUUGCAGUGAUGGCAAUACUCACAAAGCAUAUAAAACUCUGCAACUGCAAAUCAAAAAAAUGAAGGUUAAUUAUCGAAUCCAUCAAAAAAAUAAAUUUAAAAAAAACAGUCUGUUCAAUCAGUUUCUUGAGGCUGAAUUCAUUCCGAGUCCCAGUGCAUCAGAGGGCGGGGUGAGAGAUGGCAAACUGUGGAACGAAGGUCUCCUCAAGAAGAGGCGUUUUGGCUCAAAUUGGAUUUCAAACAAAAUGCGAUCAAGAAAAGUCAGAAAUUCUGAACUUGCAAGCGGCGUAGCUGAUGAAACCUACGAGCCUCCAAAUCUGCAUGUUACGGGAACAGAGCUGUACCAGAAUCGAAUCAAAAGCUUGUCGCAUCACAAAACGGAACAGAACCUUAAGAGUCAAUCGGUAUCCGGUCAGUACCCGUAUCUGACAACCAAGCCCAUUCCACAGUCAAGCCCCUGGGCUUUACAGCCAAAUGGAGCAUACUGUAAUGAUGCGUUUGACCAGCAAACCAGCGUGGAAUCAGAGGAACCAUUCAACGUGACUCAUUGUAGUGUAGCUAAAGAGCAGGCCUUGACACUACUGGAUGUUUCUAUCCUCGCUUUUCAAAAGCUAUCAAGUGUGUACGGCACUGAAACAGAGCUCUCCAAUCAGGUUUUCAAAGAAUUGCUGAGAAAGCACUUUGUCCUGAUGUCUGAUUAUACCAGUGUUAUGAAAACCUUUAAUGAGAGAGUGAAUCUGUGCCAACAAGGUCAUCCUGACGUCCCUUCACCUUUGCACUUCUUGGGGUGCAAUGCCCACUAUCUACUUGGGCUGAGUCAUGCAGCGGAACAAGAAACUGUUUCUUUUGAAAAUGAAAUCUCAGCUGUUACUGGGGAGAAAUUGGGCCGUGACAAGAAUCCAAAGUUUACAAAUUUCUUGAACUUUUCCGAGAGUGCUUCUGCGCGUUACAUCCGCAUGGCUUGUGAUGUUUUGAGCCCUCGUGGCGAAGAAAAGUUUGGAUGCAGAAAGGAGUGGCUUGCGUUCUGCGAGGCCAAUGGCAAGGCUUCCAAAGUGCCAAGCGGUCGAUCAAAUCGGUUUAAUAGCUUCUUUGAAGGAGCUGCUGCUCUCAUUCAUCAUCACAUGGAUAUUGUUGCUUUCUUCUCUGAUGAGCAUGUGUUAAAGAGGCUGAAUGUGAUACAGGAAAGCGUCCGUGAUGAUGUGCAAGAUCCCAUACUGCAAGCUCUUGUUUGUGUUUUUGCUGUCGUCUAUCUUCAAGUCAUAGGUCCCUACUGGCAAUUCCUGAAAAGUAAUACAGAAUACCUUGACUUCCACAAAUACAUCCAGCGUCUUCACCAAAAGCUCAACGAAUGGUCCUUAGAUGCUACACCUCUCCUCCUGCCAGAACUCGGCGACACAAACGUUUUCCACCAGUUUCAUCAUGAGGGGAGCUUUGAUGGCUUGUUUUCAUAUUGUAAUCCUGACAAUCCAUACUUCACCCUCAUCAAGAAGGCACUGGAACAAAUCAUGAAAUCAUUUGUUGCUGUGACUCAGAGAGAGCUUUCUGAUUUCUUGCCAGGGGGAGUUCACAGUAAAGAGCCCAAGCCAGAACUUCGUGCAAAAAUGAGAAACUGCCAGCUUGCACAGUUAAUGGGUGAAUACCCCUUUGGACACACUUACACUGACAAGUACAGAAGGCCUAACAAUGCUUUGAAUCACCAAAGACCCUUGCACAAUCAAUCUGGUACCUCCGGUCAGACAGGAAGACACAAGAAGCGUAUGCAACUGAGUGGUAGAGAGAUGAAUCAACUGCAGGAAAAGCAGCUGCUGGAUAUCACAAAUAAGACAAAGAUCAUGGCUGCAGUGGUGAGAAACGGAGGACCUUGCAAAACUAAAAGAGAUGUGGAUUACCUUUUGUCUACCCUGGAAGGGGCCAGUCACUCAAAGAAACGUGAGGCAAUCCGAUUGCAGAUUAGUUACCAGAAAGUUGUUCUUGGCUUAAAAGACAAAAACUUAAACCAUGUAGGGUUUUCUCUGAAAGAUAUGGUGGAAAAACUCAAGUUGGUGUUGGCAGAUGAUAAGUGCCCACAGAUCCCUGUUCCCGGGUAUAGACCAGUGUUUAGCCACAAUGCCCAAGCAGGACCGGGUGAGGUAGUCCCUUCCAGUGGAAUGGGAAGUGCAGCCCAACAUCCUUUACAACAUUGCCAUUUUGAAAACAUUGACAAAUCCAGCAUGAAAUUGUGUUCUGAAUUGCCCAAAAUCGAAAUUCAGUCUUUUGUGUUUGUAGAUUAAUGUCCUUGAGAUGCGUUGUAUUGACUUAUGUACAUCAGGCAUUUGGAAAAUGCAAUUCCUUUCACUGGCUCUGAAAGAAUAUGCAGACUUACAAAUCUAACCAAAGAACUGUAGCAAAUUCCACAAAGCAGUGGGUGUGCGUGGUUUUUUUUUAUUUUAUAGUGACAAAUUGGGGAAAAAAUAAAUAAAAUAACAAGCUGGAAUGUCCAAUUUUAUGUUUUUUCUCCUCGCCACACAGCACAGAUAUUCUGAGGCUGUGUGAGCGUCCUCCAAUCUCACAAGCCUAAAGCCAGAAUCAGAGGUGGGGUGGGGCUACCGAAGAACAGAGAUCAGCCCUGCCUCUUAUCCACUCUGAAUGUGCUCAGUGUCUGGCCUGUAGGGUUCACUGUUGUGCGAUGAGGAGAGGGAGUCCAUGCCAGUUUCCCAUCCCCCACCCCGAGAGCAGACAUGAACCGGUGCAGUCCAAGCUGUGUGACUCAUCCUGUGCUCCCAGCGGCAGUGCUUUAAGUGGAUGAGCCACUCCGGGGACCCCAGUAGUUUUCUUUUAAACAUGAAUUUAACGGCCGUUGUGUUUUCUUCAUUAGUGCAGGCAUGAAAAUAGGAGUAGUACUAAAAUAGAUUUAGCUGCCUUACAGUGUAUAUGUGUAGCUUUACAGUAAACCAUCCUGAGCCGUGUCUGCUGAGGAUGUCUGUAGCCUUCCAGUCAUGCUUGAAUAAUGGAGCCUAUCAUAUACAAACAAAUCCUGGAUCCAGUCUUGAGUAAGCAUGUUAGUAUGAAAACGAAAUGUAUUUCAUAUAUGCAGUAAUGAGUAAAUGUUGUGGGCUUGUUUACACUAAUGAUGGGAUUUCAGAAAUUAUAUGUAGUCCUAUUGCUCACCUAAAGCAUUAAUAAUAUUCAUACACGUGUCCGAUGACAAAGUAUUAUGUACUGUAGUUAAUACCCACUCUUGUAUGUUCCAAGCGUACCUGCAGUUCAGAUUUCUAAAUACAAACUUUUCAAUUGUCUUUCAUAAAACAGGUUGUUAAUGUGACUUGACAUUGGAGAUGUCGUUUAGUGUCUUACUUGGAGAUGAUGUACUUUUUAUAUGACAGUUUAAUUGUAAAUAAAAUCCACAUUGUUCACUAA